UGGCCGCGCGGCCGCUUUUGAAUGGCGCUGCCUGGGGGCCACAGUCUGGGGUUCGCGGAGACGCUCUAGGCUGUUGGGGCUGCAGCUGAAAAGGCGCUGCCGUACCAUGAGCCGCAGAGUAAAAAAGCCAGCCUUCUUGAUUGGAAUGUUCUCCCUUCCUGUCAAAAUCCCGUCUAUCUGCAGGGAUUUAAGAGAUUAUGGCAUCUGAAGCCCACAAUGAUAGAAAACGGAACCUUUUGCAUAUUGAGGGCCAUUCCAUUGAUCUUCCUAGGAAAAGGAUCUCUCAUUUCACUAAUAAGAACAUGAAGGAGGGUAAGAAAUCUCCAAAACAGUUGGCUGCUUAUACACAUAGAACAGUUGGAUACCCUGUGAAAAGUCCAGACAAACUGCACAAAGAAGUAUAUUACAGAAAGAAAGUUCAUCAUUAUUUUCCAAAUCCUUGUUACAGAAGAAAAUACUUUUCUAGAAUCAGGGACUGUGACAUGGCAAAUAAAGAAAAUGAACUGGCUUGCGCAGGCCACCUGCCUGAAAAAUUACGCCAUGAAGGUCGUACAUUUAUACUUAAUGCCAGUGAUUCUAGUUCUUCACAAACGGAAAGCCCAUCAUCAAAAUAUAGUGGAUUUUUUACUGAGGUUUCUCAGGACCAUGAGACGAUGGCACAAGUCCUUUUCAGUAGAAAUCUGAGGUUGAAUGUAGCUUUAACUUUUUGGAGAAAGCGAAGCAUAAGUGAACUGGUAGCCUAUUUGGUGAGGAUAGAAGAUCUUGGAGUGGUGGUUGAUUGCCUUCCUGUACUCACAAGCAGUUUACAGGAAGAAAAGCAGUACAUUUCACUUGGCUGCUGUGUAGAUCUGUUGCCUCUAGUAAAAUCACUACUGAAAAGCAAAUUUGAAGAAUAUGUGAUAGUGGGUUUGAACUGGCUUCAAGCAGUCAUAAAACGAUGGUGGUCAGAACUAUCUGCUAAUACAGAAAUUGCUAAAGAUGGAAAUGUUCAUAUUUUAAAACAACAAUUAAGUGGAUUGUGGAAACAAGAAAAUCAUCUUACUUUGGUUCCAGGAUACACUGGUAAUAUAGCUAAGGAUGUAGAUGCUUAUUUAUUACAAUUACAUUGAGAAGUGUCACCUGAAGAGGACUUCCUUAUUCAAGAUAUUCUGGACUUUGUAGCUUCCAGAAAGGGGUGUCUUCUGAGAACUGUGAACCAAGGAGGGAAGUGGAAUCUUCCAAAAAUGCCAUUUAAUGAAACCACUAAUGAAAUCCUAACAAUCUACUUCACAUUGAAGUGGAAAAAUAUCCACAAGGAGCAUCUUUGACUUCAAUGAGGUGAAAGUGCACUGUGAAAAUUGUACGCCUUUGCUACAUUUGGGAUUUGUAUGGUUAUUUGGGGAAAAGUUAAGUGCUUCUAGGUCUUAUUGCAGUCCUUCAUAUUGCAUAAAAAUGUAAUUUAUACUGACAUGAAAAGAUAAAAGGGGCAAGAUGUUUUGCUAGGAACCACAAAGACCAAUCACCAUUAAUAUUUUUUUAAGAUUGUGUUUAAAAAAAAAACAAAAAACAACCAGACAACCAAACCACCAAAUGUCUGCAGCUACUUUGUGAUUAUAUUGAAAAGACUUUAAAGAUGUUUAAAAUAACAUAGCAAAUAAUGGAUAAUUCUUUUCACACUGAGAUACUGUGUAAAGCAAGAUGCCUUAAUUAUUAGUAUGUUUGAAAAGGCCAAUGUAUUAUGUUACUUUUAUCUUUUAAAACAGCCAUGCAUACAGGCAUGAAACCAGGGCUUUUUUCAUUCAUGUAGAAUAUUGGUUUUGGAACCUAUUUCACACAGUUUGGAUAACUUGAUGAUAUUUUUCUCUGAUUUUUGCCAGAAUCAGAGUGAGUGUGUGUGUGCGUGUGUGCGUGUGUGUCUGUGUGUCUGUGAAUAUAAAAAGUUGGAUAUUAAUUGUAUGAAUGUUCAACUGUCUUUGUAGUUAGCUAAUUUAUAUUCACUUUUAAAAAUUAUAUUUGGAUUUCUAUUAUUUUCAGUUCUGUAUCAUUUAAACUUCUUUUAUUAUUUGAGUAAAUAUACUAAAUGUUUCUUUUUUUGCUUUUAAAAAUUCAUAUAAUUUCAUACAUGUUCUAAAUUCUUUCUCAUCACUUGUGUUUUGGAUAACAGUGUCUAAUGCUUUAGAAAUGUUUACAGCUAGGGUUGACCUUAUGUUCUCCAUCCAAAUAAUUGAUACACUACCUCCUUUAAUGGUUGCUUUGAAAUGGGGUUCACAUAUAUUCUCAAUGUAUACAAACCCAAUUUUGGUAUGAUUUAACAGUGGUAUGUGUUAAAAUUUCAUGACAUUUGUCAAUACACUUAAUAUUACCACUAGGUAGGGACAGAAAAGUUUAUAUACCACCAACUCACUUAGAACAAGGCUGGUAGUGAUCUGGCCAAAUACUUUUGGGAAUCAUUUUUCUGUGAAAUGUUUCCUCAUGGGCAUGAAUGUAAAUCUAUAGCAUUUGCCCAAUCAGUGACUACUGAUAUGAAUAUUGAAUGUGCAUCUUUCUUGCUUUAAAAAGGUAGCUUUCACUGACUCUAGAUGCUUUUAUUAUGUGGUUAUAUCACACAUAGUGGAAAACCUGUUGUGAUCAUUGCUUUUCUUGAGCCUUAGAAACGUUCCACAUUAUUCUAAUUCUGUGAUCUUAAAAAGAAAUUUUUUCUCAAGAGGUGAGAAGGUAGUAAGCAUUAAUAAUCUACACAUCUGAGAUAAGAAAAUAUUGAUUUUUCCUUAUUUCUCAUUUAUUACCCUAGUAAUUACUGUUUUGAUUGAAUAAUCUGAACCAGCUAGUCAAUUGAUUGGAAUACAGUACUGAUGAGACUUAGAGAAUAGGAUUUUGAUCCUUUUUGUGUUAGUUAGCUUAACAGAAAGAUAACUGUGUUGAGUGCUGCCAACCAGUCUUCCAAAUUUGUGCUCUUGUUGACAAGGGAACCAGCUGAGGAUAGCUCAGCAUAAAGCAAUCAUUACUGGAAAAACAAUUCAAAAGUAUAUGUUCUGCUGACAGAGUCAGUAGUGUCUUUGGAUACCAAAGACAGCACUUUAUGAAUACUACUUUUAUUAAUACAACUGCCAUGUUGAUCCUUGCUUUGGAACAAAGUGGUUUUUUUUUAAAUUUUCAUUUUUUAAUAGAUGUUGUUUAGUUGAUCUUAAGUAAAAAUAAGAUCUUUUAUACAAUAUACAUAAUAAAACUGUAAUUACUGCCCCUCGCCCCCAAAAGAAAAAAGACAAAGACCCUUUGUGCCUGAGCCUAGACUUUUUGGAUAAGAAUGCAUACCACUCCACUUUAAAUACUCUAGGCUGUGUAGGCAGCCUGAAGAUGUAAGUAAGAACUAUUGAGUAGACCACACUCCUGUUUUUCUGUUUUGGGCUCUUGUGUUUUUUAUUUCAAUACCUACCUCUCAGACAUUGAAAUUUGACUAGUGUUUGUAAAUGGCUUUUAGAUCACUAAAAGAAAGAUAUUAGAUAAAAAAAAGUAUAAUUAAAUAGUUCUAGUGGUGUUAAGUUAGGCUCAGCUACAGUAAUUUUAAUCAGAACAGUGUUGAAUUCCAGAAGGAGCCAAAGAAAGUGUUUACAAAGUAUUCUGGUAAUUGUAAACAGUUCAAACAUGGUUUGACCUAGAUUAGGACAAUUGCAUGCUUGUUGCCCAUUUGUUGAACACUAACAGUGUUAGCAGAGUGGCUGUAUUUUAUACGGAAAUUAGGGACUAGACAAGGUCCCUCCCCGAUAGGGACCAAAGAGGCACUUCCACCUUUUCAGAAUCUCUUCUUAAUUUUGUAGCCUAACAAGUCAUUGGGACUACAAACUUAAAGAUGUUAUUUGGGGUUAUCACUUGAGUAGGUUGUAUCAUGAAGAGUUGAUUAUGAUCAGAAUGGCAUGAAAAGUUAUAAGGCAGGGACUUUAAUGGCAUGGCUUUAAUAAAAAGUGGUCUAAUGCUAUCAGUACUCCGUUUACAUAGCAGAAAUUGUAGAGUCCUGAGUUAUAUGAUAGUUUGCAUAUGUGUUACUAUAUUUCCUUUGUGGGGGGAUGAAACAUUUUUGCAACCAAACAUUGGAAACUACUAAGAAAUUAGCCAUUAGUUGAAACAAAAUUCUAAGUUGUUCUGUAAAGAACUGCUGCUUAGUUUCUAACAAUCUUUUAUUAUUGAAAUAAUAAUAAUAAUCAUCUUACUGACCUUAGAAUAUUCUUAUAUUUGGAAAGUUGUUGAAAAAAAUAUGCUGGGGCAGCUAGAUGGCACAGUGGAUAAGCACCGGCCCUGGAUUCAGGAGUACCUGAGUUCAAAUCCAGCCUCGGACACUUACUAGCUGUGUGACCCUGGGCAAGUCACUUAACCCCAAUUGCCUCACCAAAAAUAAUAAAAAAUAUUAUGCUACAGAAAUAAAAAUCAAAUUAUUAUACUUUCUAAGCAUAAUUCACAUUAUCAGCAUUUUUGCUGUUUGCUUAGAUACUUAAAUCAAGGUAGGACCGCAAAUGGAAGAAGAAAUAGUUUUCAUUAAAAUCCAACACUACUGUACUAAAGUCUAAUCCUUCCCAACCCAGUUGCUUUCUUCUUAUUUAAAGUCAAGAUAAUCUCAGAUGCUACUGUCAGUUAAGAAAUAAUAAUUACAACUUAAGCAGCUGACUCAAAUAGUCUGAUCCAUUUCAUAUAAAUAAUACAAUCUGGGUUUUGACAUAAUUUUUUGCCUUGUGGGUCACUUCAGCGAGAAAUAAGUUUUGCUGAACAUCUGCUAGCAGGGAUUUACUAUUCCUUUUCCUUCAGCAAGUUACAUUUCAGGCUAAUUUGAACAUCAUACUAAAGCUUUUCUUGUAGCAGUCUGAAGAAAUCUAAUACCUAAUGGUUUUAGGGUGAAGAAAACAUCUCCAAACUUUUAAUGCUCAUAUGAUUUGCACAGCUUUUUUGGUUUGGUAACAUCACUGUAUUCCUCUAAUUAAUGUGAAUGUAAUAGGUCAUUAACUACUCCAGAACCUGACAUGAGAUCUUUAUAAAUCAACCCUGCUAACCCAGAGACCAACCUCCACAAGUGGGGUACAAAGUUAGCAGUGUCCUCAUUUAAGAUUAGACUACCUUAUUAAAUUUGCCAUCCUCUAUAAUACGUUGUUGAUUCAAGAAUUUGGUUUCAAAUCAGGAUCUGCUAUCUGCUCAGCUGCUGUCCAUAUCACUGCAGUGUAAUCUCAGCAUAGCAGUAGAGCUGGUACUUACAGGAAGUACUUCAUACAUCUUGGGGGUUUGAAGCUGGCAUUCUAUUUCCCUUUUGCUGUAACUAGAAAGGGGACAUAAUCAACACUUACCUUCUGCCCUGUAACUGAGUCACAAAAACUCAGAUUUGAGUGCUGAAGGGUGGGAGGCCUCAGAGACAAUCUAACACAAACUGUAGAAGAACAGAAAUUCAUGCUAGAGCACCCCUGAGAAGUGGCUGUAUUACUUCUGCUUAAAAAGCACUGCCUUCAGAGGCCCUUUACUUUUUUUUUUUUAAUAUAAAUUAAAAGAUUGCUCAUCCUGAGACUAGAUAUUUAAAUAGCUCCUCGUUUGUGAGCUCAUGCCAUGAAACUAGACCCUGUGGGGUUGAAAUGAUCCCUGCACUUCUAUCUUCUUGGGCAGGAAAUAGCUCUUCCCACAAUGCUUCAUUUGACUGUGUUGGUAUACUCAACUGUUGUACCUUUAAAAGUUUGAAAAGAUACAAUGACCUUGGUUUUCAUAUACUCUGCUUGGGUUUCCUGCUAGGUGUUCUCCUCUGGGAUUGGCAUUAACAAUUGUUCUGGGUCUAGUAGUAUUUCUCCUGAUGGACCAGGAGUUUGUGGGGAAUGGAAUGACUUCAGCCCCAGCAAUCUUGGGUUCUGGUAGAAUCGAAUUGGAAUCAAAAGGCAUUAGAGACUUUUGGUAGACCUUCUGAUCUACCAGCUUGCUUAGAUUCACUGACCACACUGCCCUCACUUACCCCUGAAAAGAGAUUGUCUAGGUCAUCAGACCCAAGAGUGGUUGGCUUCCUCAGGUUCAGACCCAUCAGCAGCAGCCUGAGGAAAAGAUGUGCCCUCUUUGGCUUAUCAACUGAUGACUUACCCCUAUUGCUAGGGCUGGGAAUCAGUAAUUUAGGUAUAGUAAAAUUUGUGGACUCUGGAGGAGAACCAUGGUGUUGAUCCUUGUCCUUUAGACCCCAGUGGGGGCUUGGCUGGAGCCUGCUAGCAGGUGGAUGGAUCAAGUCCUGGUCAUCCUGGUGGCCAAGUUGUUCUUUAAACUUCCUUAGGAGUUCUUCCUUGGCCCUUGAGAUUGCUUUUUGUUGAGUAGCAUAGAUAUCCCAUUCAUUUCUGUUAAAGUUCUUGAUUAUUUCUUCAUCUUUCUUUAAUCCUAGUCAGGUAACCUUAUCCUCUUCUCUCUUUUCUUGUAAAUUUCGUUCUGCCUUGUGGGCAGCAUCUUGUAAAGCUUACUACUUAUCUAUGUUAACUUCAACAAGGGUACUUCCAUGAACUGCAGCAACACCUAUAGCUAUUAUGGACAAUUGAGGGUUACAGUCCAUAUUCCAGCUGAUUAACACUUGACAAAUCAAAGAUUCGAGCAUAUGAAGAGGAGAUGCCAUGUGUUACAAUUCCUUUUACAGCCUGGCAAAAAGCUGCCAAUUCACUUGCCAAUACCUCGCCUCAGGCCAGAGGACAUGAUUCUACUCCAUUGGUUGUUGUUUUAUUGUUGUUUUUGUUGUUUUUCCCCAGGGCAAUGGGGGUUAAGUGAUUUGCCCAAGGUCACACAGCUAGUGAGUGUCAAA